UUCCCCUUUCCCAACCUCCCAUCCCAUACCACCCCCCUUCAUGUCGUCGCCUUCCUCCCCGCGCACUUGCCCCUGCAUCUCUCCGCUGCCCACCACUCCCUCGCAUUAACGACGAAGGCUCAUCAUCUCUGAUGGAGGUAACAGUCGGCUAACACACCGCCCCGCCCCGCCCCUGUUGUCUGUCCCUUCAUUUUCUAGCUUAGAAGAGUAUUCUUGUUCCGGUUUCUUCGUUCCGUCGAGCGCGGCAUUCUGUGGGUCGUGUGGAUUUUGGCCCGGGGGACGAGGAGGAGGCUGGUCAAAGAUCUGUGGUCAAAAAUUGAUGGUGGGGUUCAUGGAAUGGGUGCAUGACUGGUUGCUGUGGGACGCCUUCCUGGAGUGCGGAGGGAUCAUGAGGCCACCGAUUAGAUAGCGGCUGGGGAGCGAGGGACCACAGGAGGCGGAGGCCGCCGUUAGCACCCCCCACCACCCCGCGCCGCGAGCAAGCAGCCAUGGGGGAAGACCUCGUCACCACCCUGUCCAUGGAGAACGGCGGCGGCGGCGGCGGCGGCCACCACGGCCCCUGCACGCUCCUCUCCAUGGACCCGUCCGGCCACCUCUCCGCGCCGGACGACCGCGCCGUCGGCGUCAUGGUGCAGACCCUCAUCGGAGGGGGCGUCGGCGCCGGCGCCCGCGCCCACGCCGUGUCGCCCUCCGGCGCGCCUCCGCCCGACAUCAACCAGCCGUGGCAGACCGACCUCUGCGACAUGCUGGACGUCGGCCUCGGCCCGCAGGUCUACAGCGCCGAGGCCGUGCUCAGCUGCGCCCCCAAGGCCGGGAGCCGGAAGGCCGCCAAGCGCGGGGACAGCAUCUGGGGCGCCUGGUUCUUCUUCACCUUCUAUUUCAAGCCCCUGCUGUCCGACAAGUGCAAGGACAAGGUCGUCCGGGACAACAGCGGCGGGGUCUCGGGCUUCGACAAGUCCGACCUCCGCCUUGAUAUGUUCCUGGUGCAGCACGACAUGGAGAACAUGUACAUGUGGGUGUUCAAGGAGCGGCCGGAGAAUGCUCUGGGGAAGAUGCAGCUGAGGAGCUACAUGAACGGCCACUCCCGGCCCGGGGAGCCGCAGUUCCCCUUCAGCGUCGACAGGGGGUUUGUGCGGUCGCACCGGAUGCAGCGUAAGCACUACCGGGGGCUGUCAAACCCGCAAUGUAUCCAUGGGAUUGAGGUGGUCAGGUCACCAAAUCUUGUAGGGCUCACCGAGGCAGACCUUAGGAGGUGGGCGGACCUGACUGGGAGGGAGCUCAAUUUCAUCAUCCCACAGGAAGCCAGUGAUUUCGGGACAUGGAGGACCAUUCCAAAUUCAGAGCUUGAGCUUGAGAAGCCACACCCUGUCAUGAAGAGCAACGGCACCCAAAACCCAAAGAAAACAGGCUUGAAUCUGUCGUCACCGUCCAAUCAUUCAGGCGAAGAUGGUAUGGAUCUCUCUCCAGUUAGCAGCAAGCGUAGGAAGGAAUUGUCCCCACAGGCCAUGGAUGAGGAAGUAUUCUUCCCACUGAAUUCUUGCCCUCAGAAGACACAACAAGAUGUGGAGAUGCACUCACCAACGCAGCCUGCUGCGUGGCUCCAUGAGUUUACUGGGGUGAUGAGAAACGCCUGUGGGCCAGUGACUGCUGCCAAGUCUAUCUAUGAGGAUGACCAGGGCUACUUAAUAAUGGUCAGCUUGCCGUUUGUUGAUCAGCAGAGGGUGAAGGUUUCGUGGAGGAACACUCUGACUCAUGGCAUUGUGAAGAUCGUUUGUGUUAGUACUGCUAGGAUGCAACAUAUAAGGAGACAUGGCAGGAUGUUCGCGCUUGCCGAUCCUUCCCCAGAGCAUUGCCCUCCUGGUGAUUUCAUUCGUGAAAUACCUCUAGCUACUCGUAUCCCUGAAGAUGCUAAGCUGGAGGCUUGUUUUGAUGAGGCUGCCUCAGUGCUGGAGAUCAUGGUCCCAAAACGAGGGAAUGAACCUGAAGAACAUGAAGUUAGGGUCUCUCUGCGACCCCCUCACUACGGAGCUAAUGAUCUACUUUUGACCUAAGCUAUCUCUGCACCAUGCUACAUCUUCUUUGUAACCCCAGAUUAAUGCCAAAUUUAGCUGAGAAUCAAGGUUUCAGUAUGCUUGUUCUUUGCCUAAUGUUUCCAGUACUUGUGCCAUACUAUGUCUCUUCAGCGACGAAGACUUGCUGAAGACUAGUUUAUUCUAGCUUCUGUGUUAUGGGUGUCUUUUUAACCCUCAUGUUUAGAUUUUGUACUAAGUUCAGUUAAAAGAAAUAAUAUUCUGAGUUGCCA